GACCUGUCCCCAAAGCACUAUACUUAGUCGCCCUACGAAACGCAGGUAUGCAGGGCGAGUACGUCAUGAUCUCCAAAGAGGUACUCUCUACCUCCAGCAUAUCGCCUUGCGGGCCUCUUAAUCAGCCACGCGGAUCCGAAGACAUGACCCAGAGUAACGGAAACCACUCUCCGUCAUCUGCUAUCUGCAAACCGUCGUCAGUAGCUCAUUCUCCCAAAGAAUUUGCCGCAAUCCCGGAUUCGCAAGGCAUCAACGAUAAUAACAAGCAUCUACCCGAGGCACAGUGCGGAGAGUCUCGAUCAGAUGAACCUACAGUACAACAGACCAAGGCAGUUGGCUCGUUCACCGACAAAGAAUUGUCUGCUACAUCUCGACUGCUGCCUCAUGGAGAACCUAGUCUUGCAGGUACAGAGAACAGUCGCCCUUAUUCAUCGUCUUCCCCACCGCCUCCGCCACUUGAGCCGUCGUUCAGCUUCCCAGAAGUCGACACACCAUGCCAGUUCAUCCAAGUACAAUACUCCGACUGUCCUCCCUCCGACUCUGCAAACUUAAUGAUUCGUAUCACGCCCCAUUUCCGCAAUGCCUCGGUGUCGAAGCAUGCAGCCAGCAUGGCAGAUUACAAGGAGUUUGAGUGGCUUCUGAGACACGGCACUUCUGGGGUCUGGUACGAGAAGCCUACCAACGCAUAUCUCAGGAGUGUCGGAACGCCCGGGGCGCCCCAAGAAUUAACUCCCCUACUUGACGCACGACCAGUGAGUAUAGAAACGCCCAAGGUAUGGGCCUCCAAGCCCACAACGACACCGAUAGACGACCGUAUCUUAGAAUGUGUUGCCGCACAUGACAUCAAUGAAGGCUAUGCUGAGUCAUGUCUUGAAUGCACUAUUGCAAAGUCCGAAGCCCUCAAGAACACCCCGCUCGUCUACUGCCUAGUUUUCGGCACUUAUCAAGCUAGGGACCCGUACAUCCAUGCUUCCCACUUCAACGGCCGCCAGAUCUACAAGCUUGUCAAGUGUGGUAGUCGCGAGGCUGUCGUUGAGGAAGCGUUCUACACAGUCGGAAUCGAAGGUUGGAGUCUCGUUUUCAGCUGCGUCAUGAAGCUAGGUGAAGGGUUUGAAGAAAGAUCUAAGACGGCUAAGAAGGUCGAUAAACUGUGGAUGCUGGCUGAAGAGGAUGACGAUGAAAAUAACAUCAAAGUCUUCUACUAA